AAGGUACUGCGCAAGGAAGGAGAGAGACAAGAAGAGGGUUGCAGGUUGCAGAGCAAUUCGCGGGGGGGUUAGGGUUUUUGCCAGCUCGUGCGCGCACCGAAGGGAGAGAUCAUCUCGGAGGUACCACCGAUGGAGGAGGUCACCGAGGGGAUCAACAACAUCGCCAUCACCGACUCGCACAAGAAGAACCGCAUUCAGGUGUCCAACACCAAGAAGCCCCUCUUCUUCUACGUCAACCUCGCCAAGAGGUAUAUGCAGCAGCACAAUGAGGUCGAGCUCUCGGCUUUGGGAAUGGCUAUUGCGACGGUGGUGACAGUGGCAGAAAUUCUGAAGAACAAUGGCUUGGCUGUUGAGAAGAAAAUCAUGACAUCUACUGUCGAUAUCAAGGACGAUUCCAGGGGAAGACCGGUGCAGAAGGCUAAGAUCGAGAUAGUACUUGGGAAGACGGCAAACUUUGAUGAGAUUAUGGCGGCUGCUGCCGAAGAGAGGGAAGCCGCGGAGGCGGAGGAGCAGAGCUGAGAAAGGGGCGUCUUGUGCUCAGUCACAUGUUUGUUGUUUAUGUUGAAUAUGCGUGUUGCCGGAUGGGUUUCGCUUAGUUUUGCUGAUAUCUUGGACUCGGAACGCUCUAAGAUAUGCUUGUUAGUCAAUUAAAAAGAACUACAUGUUAGCUGCGAUUUUUAAAGCUGCCGUUUUUUGUAACAAGCAUGCGCCAUGCAAAGUGUGACUUCAUUGUUAGGGUCUCUAUUCAAUUGAUAUAGUCAUUAGAGUUUUUGGCAUGCA